UGAGGGGUUCGAAAUAACGGAGAUAUUACACUUCAUUACGACAAAACCAGACGUAGCAACGUGGACUCACCAAAUUAAGUGACAAGGUCGUUAUCAUAGGCCCACAUACACUAGAGUGAGCCUCCCCUUCCCGAUUCCGAAACCGAUUCUAUUGUAAGGGACUGUCAAAAGACUGAAAACCAUGACAUGUGGCACCAACAGAAUUUGUAAAUCACGUGUCAGCAUCAUCAUAAUCAAACACCGUAUAUGUAGCAGAACCCACGAAAGCCCGCUCAUUAGAAGCUCCACGUCACCGCCUUCUAACGACCACUACGAAGCCUUGAAACAUAGACCAGACCAGAGUCUGACGAAGCCAAAGCUGAAACUUAGUUGCCACAAAUCAAGGAACAAGCUUUGAUUCGAUCUCCCUAUAAUGCGGGAAAAUCUCUUCAAUCUCAUCCCCAACUUCGAACAAGAACACAGGAGUAAGGGAUUUAGAGUGUGAAAGUGAAAGAGAGCUAUGGGCAGCAGUAGAAUUGAAGUAUUUUGUGAAGCAUGUUAUUAUCCUUGUUGAGUAGGCGCUCAUUGGAAGUUGAUUCCAGAGACGCCUAUGGAUUCGCUCUGAGACCUCAGCAUGUUGAAAGAUAUAUAGAGUACGCUGAUAUCUACAAGGAAGAGGAAGAGGAAAGAUCACAAAAAUGGAAGAAUUUCAUUGAACAACAAGAAGCUACUCAACCAAACUCGCCCGAAGAGAAAUAUGAGGAGUUAUCGCAUGCUGAAGCUGCUAAGUUGAAUGAAGAGACAGUUUCCCUGAAGGGUGAAGGGAGCAAAGCUGAAACUACCAAGCUGAAUGAGAGAACUGUGCAUGACGUAGACAAUGAAGAGAACAAGGCUGAAGCUACUAAGUUGAUAGAGGAUACUAUAUCAAGGAGUGGAAGUGAAACAGAAAACAGUGAAGACACUAAGUUGAAAGAAGAGAUUUUGCUAGAGAGAAGGAGAGAGAAUGAGUGUGAUAAUACUGAGACUGUUUCAGAGAGGGGCAUAGAAGUAGACAACACUGGGCCUGAAAAUUUGAAAGAAGAGACUGUUUCAGAGAAGACUGUGGAAGUAGAUAAUAAGGGCGGAGCUACUGACUUGAAAGUAGACACUGUUUCAGAGAGGGGUGUGGAAGUAGACAAGGCCGAAGGUACUGAGUUGAAGGAAGAGACUGUCUCGAAGAGAGGUGGGGAAGGGCAUGACUCAAGUCGGAACUCUGUUUCUGAUGGUCCUACUAAAAUUGACCCCAAAAAGGAGCAACUUUCAAAAGAAACAAAGGCCCGUAAGGUCCAAACAUGGGCUCAGAUUAGACCAUCACUAUCUUCCAUUGAGAGUAUGAUGGGUUUUCGUGUGAAGAGAAGAAAGGACAUGAAAGGUGAGCAGAUAACCAAAAGUGAAGACCAUCUUCCAUCAAUAGAUGAAGCAAGAUUAUUAGAAGAGGAAUCUGAGGAGGGAAUCAAGGAAAAAUUCUGUGUUACUGAGACACCAAAUGAGAGGGAUCUGAAGAGUAGCACAGAAAGUGCUCCAGGAAAUGAUGUCUCACCUGAGCCAUACUUUCCUUGGAAAGAAGAACUGGAGUGCCUUGUUCGAGGGGGAGUGCCAAAGGAUCUCAGAGGAGAGUUAUGGCAGGCAUUUGUUGGUGUUAAGGCACGACGAGUGGAAAGAUAUUAUCAGGAUUUGCUGGCGCAAGAAACCAAUGUUGAUGAAAGCAAAGAGCAUGAUGAUACAUCUGGUGUACCCAAGAAAUGGAAAAGGCAGAUUGAGAAGGACAUACCACGGACUUUUCCGGGCCAUCCUGCACUGAAUGAGAAUGGUAGGGAUUCCUUGAGGCGUUUACUUUUAGCAUAUGCUCGACAUAAUCCUUCUGUUGGGUACUGCCAGGCAAUGAAUUUCUUUGCUGGCAUAUUGCUACUUCUGAUGCCAGAGGAAAAUGCAUUUUGGACCUUUGUUGGAAUUAUUGACGAUUAUUUUGAUGGGUACUAUACAGAAGAGAUGGUUGAAUCUCAGGUUGACCAACUUGUCUUCGAGGAGCUGGUCCGCGAAAGAUUUCCUAAAUUGGUUAAUCAUCUGGAUUACUUGGGAGUGCAGGUGACAUGGAUCUCUGGACCUUGGUUCCUUUCCAUUUUUGUGAAUAUGCUUCCUUGGGAAAGUGUUCUUCGAGUUUGGGACGUUCUUCUUUACGAAGGAAAUCGUGUUAUGCUAUUCCGGACAGCCCUUGCAUUGAUGGAGUUAUAUGGUCCUGCAUUAGUUACAACUAAAGACGCUGGGGACGCCAUUACUUUGUUGCAGUCCCUAGCUGGAUCAACAUUUGAUAGCAGUCAGCUUGUUUUGACUGCUUGCAUGGGCUAUUUGACUGUGACUGAAGCCAAAUUGCAAGAAUUGAGAGAAAAGCAUAGACCUGCUGUACUAGUGGUAGUAGAGGAAAGAUCAAAAGGGAGUCGAGUUUGGAAAGAUCCAAAGGGGGUUGCAUCGAAGCUGUAUAGUUUUAAACAUGACCGUGAGUCAGUUAUAGAGAAAAAUAAGACAACUGAAGAGUUAGGUGGUGCACUUGCACGUAGAGAAUCUCAUACGAAGACUCCUUCCUCAACUUUAGAUGAUUUACUUAGUGAAGCAACUAUCAACUCUGAAUUAGAUUCACUACCAGAUCUUCAAGAACAGGUGGUUUGGUUGAAAGUAGAGUUGUGCAGGGUACUGGAGGAGAAAAGAUCUGCUGUACUAAGAGCCGAAGAGCUGGAGACAGCACUUAUGGAGAUGGUCAAACAUGACAAUCGACGUGAAUUGAGUGCAAGGAUUGAGCAGUUGGAACAAGAGUUGGCUGGGCUGCAGCAAUCUCUAGAUGACAAGAAAGAACAAGAAUCUGCAAUGCUUCAGGUCCUUCUGCGGGUAGAGCAAGAGCAAAAAAUAACUGAAGAUGCUCGUAGAACUGCAGAGCAAGAUGCAGCUGCUCAGAAAUAUGCAGUUACCAUGCUUCAGGAAAAAUAUGAGAAGGCUAUGGCUUCCAUUGCUCAGAUGGAGAAGAGGGUUGUUAUGGCAGAAUCAAUGCUGGAGGCUACCAUGAAAUAUGAAUCUGGCCAAUCUAAAGCAGUAUCUGCUCCAGGGCCUAUGGACAACCAUGGAGCCCCAGUUGACAGCAUCAGAAGAAAGAUAGGUAUAUUUAGUUGGCUCGACAGGAACAAGGUGGCAAGAAAGGCCCAGUGAAUUGAGGAGUCCAGCAACAACAAUCCAUCUUUGAAAGAUUAGACUGAACCGCUCCACAGAAACUGAUUCGCAGACCAUAACGAGAAUUUGGAGAAUUGAUAGCUUCAGUGCCAUGACUUUCUGUAUUAAACCACUCUACAGAAAGAAACUAAUUUGCAGACCAUUAUGAGAAUUUGCUGGAUUAAUAGCUUCAGUGCCAUGACUUUCAUAUAAGUCAUGGCCAGCAAUCAAAGCCAUCUAGUUGUAUAAAUAUCUCAAUCAUGUAUUUACGGUGCUUUUGUUUUCCUUUCUAAACAGUUUAAGUUGUAAAUUAUCAUUGUUUCAGACAACCAAAGAGGAUUUUUUUUUUUUUUUUGAAUAAAAAGUGAGCACCAUUUUCAGAGUUCA